AUGAGAGAAAGGACAUUAAUAAAUUCACUAUCGAUAACAUAUGCCGGCGGAGAACCUCUGCAGAAAGGGGAGAACGAGAAGAAAAUUAAAGCAUCAUAUGUUAAAAUAUCAGGCCAAAAAACAAGCUAUGACUGCGCUAUCUACGUUAUGAAGUGGCUUGAGUUAAUUGAGCCGGAAAACAUCAAAAAGGGGAAGUAUGAAUGGGAUAAUUGGCCACAGGAGGAGGUGGACCACUAUAGAGUGGAGUAUGCUUCCCGGAUACUAUUCAGUGAGAUGAAUAAACAGAGAGAUCGGGCAAUUAGAGAGAGUAGUGCUAUAAGGCUGUCGAAGCCAUCCUCUGUAUUAUUGAGUCCGUUUUGUCAGAUUAAUUCUGCUGAUAUAGAAACUGGGUAAUCCAACU